CCCCGGCUUCCCCUCUUCACCCGCUGCGCGCUGGAGCCCCCGAGGCCCCCCUCCAGCAGCUGCGUGUCCCGUCAAGGGAGCCCGCGUGUCCAGGAUUUUCGUAAUGAGGAGCCACCUGCCCCUGAUGGAGCCCGCUGGGCCUCAGCGCUCCCUGGGCCGCGCCAACUCCAGAGCAACAGACUAAGUUGCGCUCUCAGAUCCCUGCACUGGCUGCUGGCACCUGGCGAGCCUGCGCCCGGGCUCAUCUUACUGCACAGCUGAGGAGUAUUCCACCGUGUAGACGGCGCCUCCUUAACCCACUCUCCCGCCUUUGAGCACGAGAUGUUGUCAUUUGAGGACGUGGCUGUGGUUUUCACCUGGGAGGAGUGGCAGGACCUAGAUGAUGCUCAGCGGACUCUCUACAGGGAUGUGAUGCUGGAGACCUACAACAGCCUGUUGUCCACGGGGUUUUGUGUUAACAAACCUGAGUUCAUCAUCAGAUUGGAGCAGGGAGCAGAGCCAUGGACUGUCAAGGAACCCUCAAACCAGAGCCUCUUAGAUGUCCAUACUGUGGAUGACCUGAUUAAGACCAACCAGGAAAACCAGGGCAGGCAUUUGUGGCAAGUUCUAAUCGCCAAUGGCAAAACAUCAAGUAAGGAAAUAAUUGACUUAGGAAAAACACUUAAUUUGCAUCCAAUGUAUACCUUGAAUUUGAGUAUAAAUAAUGGCAUUCAUUCAGGAAUGAUGCCUGUAGAGUUUCAUACUUGGAAGAACAUGUUCUUCCCUAGUGAGCCUGAUGAGAUGCAUGCAAUAGAGAAAAUUGAGAGGCCUAGUGUAACUAGAAAAUGCCCUGGAUAUCCCGAGUAUCCUAGUCUUCAUCGUAUGAUUCAAACUUUGCAGCAACCUUUGGAAUUUAGUGGAGAAGGGAGAGACGUCAACAAAGAAACCAUAUUUUUUACCCAUAGAAGGGAUUUGAUGGGAGAGAAUGCCUGUCAAUAUAAGUGUAGGAAAGGCUGUUAUAUGUCAGCUCUCAUUGCCCAAGGUAGAGCUCAGGUAGGGCAGAUACACUAUGCAUGUAAUGAAUGGGAAUCAUCCCUUUUUGAGAAACCAACACAUUUGAAUCUUCAUAAAGAUUUUGAACACUGCAAAUGUAAUCAAAGUGGGGAUUAUUUUGGAACAAAAUUAAACCUUACUCAGCUUCAGGAAGUACCACUAGGUGAGAAAGUUUUUGACUAUAAUACAUGUGGGAAAACAUUUUAUAAAUUCUCUUUCCUUACUCAACAUGAGAAAAUACAAGCAGCUGAUAAACCUUAUGAAUUAGGGAAAAUGUCCGAUAAUUCAACCCUCAAAAGAUGUCAGAGAACUUGGACUGGAGAGACACCCUUAGUGUCUAAGCAAUGUCAGAGAACUUAUUUCUGGAAGUCAGGUCUUACUGAACAUCAGCAGUCUCAAACCAUGGAGAAGACUUAUGAAUGUAGAGAUUGUAGGAAAGCUUUCUGUCAGAAGUCAGCCCUUAUUGUACAUCAAAGAACUCACACAGGAGAGAAAUCUUAUGAAUGCAGGCAGUGUAUGAAAUCUUUUCACCGGAAAUCAGCCCUCAGUAAACAUCAGAAAACUCACACAGGAGAGAAACCUUACGAAUGUCGUGAGUGUAGGAAAACUUUUUAUUGGAAGUCAGCCCUCACUAUUCAUCAGAGAAUCCACACAGGAGAGAAACCUUAUGAAUGUAUAGAAUGUGGGAAAACAUUCUGCCAUAAGUCAGACCUUAAUGUACAUCUGAGAAAUCAUGCAGGAGAGAAACCCCAUGAAUGUCAAGAGUGUGGGAAAUCUUUCUACUGGAAGUCAGCUCUCACUGUACAUCAGAGAACACACACAGGAGAGAAGCCCUAUGAAUGUCAAGAAUGUAGGAAGAUUUUCUCCCGGAAAUCAACCCUCACUGUACACCAGAGAACUCACACAGGAGAGAAGCCCUAUGAAUGCAAAGAGUGUAGAAAGUCUUUCUACUGGAAGUCCGCUCUCACUGUACACCAGAGAACUCACACAGGAGAGAAACCUUAUGAAUGUCAAGAGUGUAGGAAAGCGUUCUAUCGGAAGUCAGCCCUCACCGUACACCAGAGAACUCACACAGGAGAAAAGCCUUAUGAGUGCAAAGAAUGUAGGAAAACUUUCUGCCAUAAGUCAGACCUCAAUGUACAUCAGAGAACUCACACAGGAGAGAAAUCUUUUGAAUGUAAACAGUGUGGGAAAUUUUUUAAUCGAAAGUCAGCCCUUACUAAACAUCAUAGUACUCACAGAGAGGGGAUACUGUACGACGGUCAAGAGUAUAGGAGAACUUUCGAUCCUAAGUCAGACCUCACUGCACAUCAGAGAACGCACACAGGAGAGAAGCCCUAUGAGUGUCCAGAGUGUAGGAAGUCUUUCUCCUGGAUGUCUGCCCUCACCGUACACCAGAGAACUCACACUGGAGAGAAGCCCUAUGAGUGUCCAGAGUGUAUGAAAACUUUCUCUCGAAAAUCACACCUCAGUGUACAUCAGAGAACACACACAGGGGAGAAACCCUAUGAAUGUCAAGACUGUAGGAAAUCUUUUUACUGUAAGUCAACCCUCACUGUCCAUCAGAGGACCCAUGCAGGAGAGAAGCCCUAUGAAUGUCAACAGUGCAGAAAAACUUUCUCCCGGAAGUCACACCUUAGCGUACAUCAGAGAACCCACACAGGAGAGAAACCUUAUGAAUGUCAAGAGUGUAGGAAAACCUUUUCCCGGAAGUCAGCCCUCACUGUCCAUAGGAGGGCCCACGCAGGAGUGAACUAAGUAAUGUAGGAAUACCCCACUGUGCACAGGAGAACACACAGAGGAGAGGAGCACUGUGAUCAUAAGGAGUGUGGGAAAACAUCCUCCAGGAAGUCCGCCUUCACCCUACGAAUAUUAAAUAAUGUGGGAAAACUGUUGUAAACCACCUUCCCAAAUAAAGAAUUCACGUGGGAGUGUAAUAUGUUUACCAGAGAACAUUAUUUUCUGUGGGGCUAAUAACCUUCAUUUCUCUGUCUCCGUUUAUCCUUUACUUGAGCUUUUUGCAGAGUGAAAAAACUAUCUCUAAUCUGGUCCAAAAAUGGAGUUGUGUGCAUUCUUGCCAGAUCUUCCAUGUCCUAUGAUCCUGCUGUACACAUGAUGCCUCCCCACACCCAGCAGCAUUAGCCUUGGGAGCCAUAGGGUGAAUAUGGCAAUGUGUGAUUUAAGGCAAAUGAUUGUGGGAGAGCAGUUUUCAAAACUCUACCUUAACAAUCUCCGUUUGUACUUCUCUUGCCUGAGAAAUAUUUCAGCUGUUGAAACUGUUAGUGUGUGGUCUAUUACAAUGUUAGCAUUCUUUAUGUUUGCUUUUUGUAAAACAAACAAAGAGCAAAGAAGCCAUGCUGUCUCUUUUCAUUGUUAAAUCACUUGUGGGCAAAUUCAAAGCAGUAGUAAGAAACAAUGCAUCAAAUAAAGGAAUGACUUUAUCAUAUCGCGACAGCUUGUUGAACACUGAUA